UUAUGUGAAAUUAACCUUUUAAUACAUGAUCCGGAAUUUGGAAUGUUUCGUAGAAAAACAUUACUUCUUGGGACUGCAGUAAUUGCAAUUUUGUUUUUGUUGAUUAACUACUAUUUGCUAUCAAUAUUGACAUUAACUAGGACUGAUAUUGAGCAUGUCCCUACUGUAGAAGAUUUCAUUUGGCUUGAAUACCAAAAGCUAAAUUCUUAUUAUAGAGCAAGAAAGAGUUCAGAGCGAAUAUUUUUGAAAUUUGUGAAACAUUUAUCUUAUUUAGAUCACGAAGCUUUGCCCAAUCUUUGGGCUGAAGUGAGUUCUUGGAUUUCUGACAAACAGCUUUUUGAUGCACUUAAUCCAAAAUUAGGAACAGUUAUUAAUGAAUUGAAGCAUGCACCUAUUGUUAAAGCUGACUUAGAUAAUAGAGGCACUCAACUGAAACUACUUUUAACAUUAGAAGGAAACCAGGAUGUUAUUUUUAAACCAAAAUGGUAUGAAAAAGACGAAAUAAUCAGGGGAGAAGUUUAUGCAGGGAAAGACCGUUAUGGGGCUGAAAUUGUAGCAUUUUACUUAUCCAUUUUGAUAGGAAAACCUCUGACUCCUAUAAUUGCUGAAAGGAAUAUUUCUUUGAAAAAGGAUGUACUUCCUGCUGCAACGAAAAGGUUGCUAAAUACAAGUUUUACUAAUAAAUUGAACCGAUCUUGUAUUUAUGGUUCUUGUUUUUACUGCAAAAGAGAGGACCCUAUUUGUGACAAUGAGAAUGAUUUGCUAAGGGGGGCUGUUAUACUUGAUAUUAAGCGGCAAUUGAAAAGCCACAGAUCUCCUUGGCAGAGGACUUAUAAAAAAGGCAAAAUGGCCCUAUGGCAAGAGUCCGAAAACUAUUGUAGCACAGUUGCCAAAAAAUUAUCAAAACAGAGGCUUUUAGAUCUAAUUGACACAGCGAUAUUUGACUUCUUAAUACAAAAUGGUGAUAGGCAUCAUUACGAAACAUUAGAUGAGAUGGUUGUUUUAUUAGAUAAUGGUAAAGGUCUUGGGGAUCCAGGAGUUCAUCACCUUGAUAUUUUGGCACCAUUGUACCAGUGUUGCAUGAUCCGCCAACAAACUUGGAAAAGUCUGUUGCGGUUGACUGGUGGGAAGAUUGAAGAAUACAUAAGAACAGUGCCUGAUAUUGAGAGUUCUGUCGCAGUUUCUCACUGGAGAGCAAUGGAUCAAAGAUUAUUACUUAUUUUUGCGACUGUAGAAUAUUGCAAACAAAUUAAAAAACUUGUAAUUCAUUACAUUUAUUGUUUUUUUGUCAUUUUCCAUUACACAAUUAAGCCAUUUAUCUAUUUUGGUGCAUAUGGAUGA